UCCAGCUUGCUUUUCUCUCCUCCCCAUCCUCACCCUACGACGGUCAUCCAGACAAGACAAGACAAGUCAAAGUCAAAGUCGAGUCAGGUCUAUCCUCUUGAGUGUCGACUUCCUAGACGAGAGCGAUCCGGAGCGUCAAGUCAAUUCAUUCAGCUCCAUAAUUCCAUCUCAUCAAGGACGCUGACGUCGGCUCAAUUGGUUUAUUGUUGUGACUCGUCAAAGCAAGCAGUGCACCAGCGCAUCACCUGCAACCGCAAAAGGGCCUCGACCACCUCCCCCUCGACGGCCUCGACCCAGCGUUGGACCUGUCUUGAAGUCGUCUGCAGCUAGGUCCUCGGUUGCCUAUCAUCAGUGCCCUUGCUGAACGGUCUGCUUCGGCUUGGCACAAGGCAGCCUACCAUCUGUUGUUGUUCACCGGCAGUGCAAUUCCUGAAACAACGAUAUAUCGGCAACCAGUCCUCUUCAUCUUGUCGCUGCUUUGCACGUCAUCCGCCCGAUUUUCUCCUCAUUCACGCCAAUUACCUGCGACUGCAACAAAGGCCCGGGUGAAUAAAAGACAGACAAGACACAAAAAUAGAGGGCAGCUCCCGCCAAGGGGGACACGGUCGACCUGGAAGUGCGAUAUUUGUUGAACUAGGACGGCUGAAGAGUCACAACCUCUUCUCCAUCCUGUUCCAGAAGGCGAACCCACCUACGAAUGAGUCCUCUCACGAUCCACUGGGUGCUUCUAUAAUAGGUGCCAACAUCUCACGCAACCUCAUUACCCACCACAGGCGCCGGGAUCCUCCCAGCAUCCGAGGCUCCGCUCACUUGACGGCUGUGCCGUGGACAAUUACUCACAGCUUCGUGUCUCCGGCCCCGUCAUUGUCCCCAUCCUUCUUGCUGUGGUCCCGCUCCGCUCUCGCCGCCCAGUGCAUUAUCAUACUUCACACCAUUGAGGGACGACUCCUGCUGGCAUCUACUACAAGACUUCGGCAUCGUCAUCCCUUGGGUCUCAAUCACUUCUUGCUUCUUCCUUGACAUAAACCUUUCUUCGCGAGACCUUCUUCACUCUUUCUUCCAAAACCACAAUCAACUCUUUCCAAUGAGCCUUUAACGAUCUUUCUUUUGUUCCCUUUUCAAAGCAUACGUCUCCAGUCAACUCGACUCGUCGACGAAAACACAGUCAACUCUCCAGUCAACCUUUCCUUACCAGUCUUUUUUUAUCAUACCGAAAAUACCCAAAAUCGAUGAGCCUCUGAAAAUCAACGAUCCGCACUUUUGUUUGUUUUGUUUUACUACCUGACCUCACGGUCUGUAUAUCGCCUCUCUACAACAUCCUCGGUACCUCCUACCGCCGACUCGCACGCAUACAUACUUGGACCACCUCACCGACUACUCCAAACGGGACUCGACAUCUCUUCGCAACUCUCCUCUCUCCGGCAACUUCUCACCGCCCCAUCGAUUUCUUGAAAUCUAUACACAAAGCAGCCGAAAGAAAAGAGAAAAAAAGAUAUUCGGAGUUUCUUUGGGCAACAUUUGUCAUUCAUCAUUGGCAUAGACUGGUCGGCACCGAGGCCUACGACAAACAGCGUCUGUGGUCCCUGUAUCACCAGGCAUCCUUUUGUCUUCAGCAACCUACGAUUUUUUUUUUAUUUUAAUUUGGGACACAUCCUUUUCUUCUUUUUCACACAAUGGAAUGCUUGCGAGACGAGUUUAACGGCGGUGUCGUCCUCGAUGGGCGAUACGAGACCUUGGCGCCACUCAACCAUGGGUCCUUUGGCAUGGUCUUCAAAGCUCGUGACCUGGUCACGGGGGAGACUGUUGCCAUCAAGUGCCUAACCAAGAAAUCAGCGGCUGACGAAGCUGGCUUCGACUUCGCCAUUGAUGACAAGUCGGAGGAGCUCGUACUCCACCGCCGUCUUGGCCGCCACCCCAACAUUGUCAACCUUCUCCACUCCUUCGAGACCGACGCUCAUGUCUACCUCGUCCUCGAGUACUGUCAACAGGGUGAUCUUUAUGAGGCUAUCCGUGUCGAUCAGGGUCCCCUUGAGACGGAGCAUGUCAGGCGCUUCAUGCUGGAGCUUGUGGACGCUGUUGCCUACAUCCACUCCAAGGGCGUCUACCAUCGAGACAUCAAGCCUGAGAACAUCUUUCUCGGCAAGGAUGGUACCAUGAAGCUGGGAGACUUUGGACUGGCCAUCAAAGACAAGUGGACGUACGAGACCUCCGUCGGCAGCGACCGCUACAUGUCGCCAGAGCAGUACGACUCGGCUGGCGCUGGGUAUUCCCCCGCGCAGGCUGACAUCUGGGCCAUUGGCAUCUGCCUGCUGAACAUACUGUUCUCGCGGAACCCCUUCACCACCCCGACCGAGGCUGAUCCCCUCUUCCUGGAUUUCUCCCGAGACAAGCAGUCCCUCUUCGAUGUCUUCCCGUCGAUGUCGCAAGACACCUACGAGGUCAUCGUCGAGUGCAUGAACCUGGACCCCAAGAAGAGGUCGCUGAUCGGAGCGCGCAGGGCCCUGAACCGCGUCGUGAGCUUCACCACCCUGGACGAGGGUGAUGACGAGUUCUGCUCUGCCCACCGCGAUACCAUGGCCACUGCCAACCGGGAGCCACUGCGCACACCCUCGAUCCAGUCACCCCAGGUCGACACUGGUGCCUUCCCCUGGGCCCGCGCCCUGCACACCACGAGUGCUGCCCAGCCAAUCCGCCAGCUCAGCGUCAUCCCAGACAACGAAAGCUACACCGAGGAUCUCUUCUCCAACUCUGUGGCGACGGCUGACUGGGUCUCCUCCGCCCAGACCCCAUCCACGGCGUCCAUCCUCGGGUCUGGCCUUACUGGUUCCAUGCAGUCGCUUGCCAUCAAGCGUCCCAACCUGCUGAAGCCAGCUGCCCAGAUCGCACCCAUGUCAGGCUCCCUGCCGAUCUCCAUGUCCAAGCCGCGCAACAUUCCGUCUAUGUCUGCGGUCUUUGGUGGCAAGGACACAGUGUCCAAGAGCUGGAGUGACCUCUGGGAGGAGGAGGAGGAGGAACACCAGGAAGAAGAGCGGGCUCGUCAGUUUCGGGCUCUCAAGAAGAUGAACUCUCGGACUUGGAGCCAAGACAGCAAGGCUGACGACGACGACACGCCUCGUCAGGGUCUGUCGCCGGCCGUCAAGUCUUCGGUCAUGAGCGCUGAGCCCCACGUGCCGUCCAUUGAGGAUGCAAUCGAUAUGGACGGCGACCUGCCAGACGACUUCUUCUUCCAGGAUGUCAGCCCAGUCAAGACACAUGAGCUGCACCCGCCACGCCACUCACCACCCCCUUCCAAGAAGGAUGUCCUGGAGAAGUGGGCCAAGCUUGGUGAGCGCCGCCGCGCGUACACUGGCAACCGAGAGUCGAUGCCCAAGCCAGACUUCAUGGUCAAAGCGGGACGUCAACCUGGCCAUGUACUCAACUACGGUGUGUUUGGGGAUCACGCCUCGACGAAUUUCAACAAUUUUUCUGUUCGUGAGAGGGCCAAGGAGUGUCCUUGGAGUAAGAGCAAAUCGCGCGAGCUCAACUGGAGUUGGCGCCGGGAGAAGCGCCUCGGCGAUGCCGAGUGGGUUGGUGCUAGCUGGCAGGAGGCUCACUCUUAAAAGAGAGAGCCCUCCGUUUUCAUUGCCUGCUCACCACUUGUGGUUGGGCUAUCUUGUCUUCUGUUUUUCUCUAUCUCAUCUUCACCGCCAUGUCUCAAUACGGUUUGGAAUAGUGUGCUCUGCUCUCCACCUGCACCACACUACAUUUUCACGCCUCGUGUUUGCCGCUCUGGGAGGUUACAUUCUUCUUCUACUACUCUUUUAGUUCUUUGUGGGAAGGCCUGUUUGAUGAUUGCAUCGCGUAUGGGGUUGAAGGGUUCUCAACAAAUUGCAUCGGGAAUGGGUUUUCAUUUACUGUUACAUAUUUUUAUUUUUUCUUGGCCAGGAAAACACAAAAACAUUGCGGAAGGGGGCAGAGCGGCAAGGCGGCAGACACGAGGCAAAACCGGUGCGAACCAUGGUCAAAUGGAGUUUCUUGACUCUAAAGCAAGACAAAAAAACUCGACCAAGGUGAUGAAGAGAUAAGACAAUGAUCUUGUCCAACUCGCUUUCUGUGUAUUAGAUAUCUCCACACUACUAGUCAAACACAAUACCAGAAGUUACCCACUCAC